AUGCCAAGAUCACCUCACAUGAAUGGUGUAGUUGAGAGGCGCAAUAAAACAUUAAAAGAGAUGGUAAGGUGUAUGGUUAGUCACUCUAUCUUACCGGAAUCCCUCUGGGGAGAGGCAAUUAAGACCGCAACUUAUAUUCACAAUAGAGUACCAACUAAGGCAACCCUUAUGAACUAUGGACUGACGGAAAAUGCUAGAUUUUUUAAAGAUGUUGAGUUUGGAGGGGAAGAUAAGGUUAAAGAGUUUAUCUUUGAAGAGGAACAAGUUUCUUUUCCUUUAGUUGUCAUCAAUUAUGAUCAGACAUCCAUUCCUAACAUGAUUGAAGGAACAACUCCAGAAACUCAAAAUGAUUCCCUUAUUCAAAAUCAACCAAAAUUCCUAAUGAACAAACUCAACAACUUUAAGAACCAGUGCCAUUAA